UGCUAUUCAGAAGUUGAUUAAGGUGAAUGGCGGAUGCUUAAUAUUUUCCAAUAAACAAUUAACCUUUGCCCCGUAUUUAGUCGUUCAUCCAAAAGCAAAAGAGCUGCAUGUUCAUAAACGAGAGUCGGAAAUUCAUAAAAGUAACUGCGCAACAACGAGAAUUAUAUCGCGGCAACCGUUUCUAUUUGUCGGUGUUUUGUUAACCUAACAAAAUAUGAUUCUCGUCCACAUAUUGUAAGGGUUUGUCACGUACCCAACGGUUACCGUAUAUUCACUUCAACGUGUGCGUCGCCGUGUACUGCACUCCGAGUUUUUGUUUCAUUCGUUCGUGACUUUUCUAUGAACAAGCGAGAAUGCAAAGUGAACGAUUGGUAGUUAAAUAUAUAAAAGUGAACAACUGUUUCGCCUAUUUGCCAGACACCUGGCUACGAAAAUUGGAAACGAAGGAAAAUGCUAUUGAAAUAGAACACAAAGGUAAAACGUACUACGCGUCCUGCAACGCGAGUGCAAGCCCAACCGAGAUACUAUGCCUUGGCGCAAGUUUCGCGCGAUGUUUGGGCAUCAACGAAGGGGAUGAAGUGUUCAUCUCUUCCCUAAAAGAUGUGCCACACUUAACGACAGUUCAUGUUACACCUCGCACCAUGGACGACAGAGAGAUCUUGGAAUUACAAAUGGAAAAAGUGCAGUCGCUGUUGCUCAGUCAGAUCCGGGUUGUAGGCAAGGGUCAGUCGAUCGUUGCAUGGGUGUCGAAGUUUUCUUCGGUGACAUUCAUCGUAGACUCCCUAGAUCCAAACGUCAGGUACGGUAAACUGGAGCAAUUAACAGAGAUACACGUGGCGGAUGUACCGGCGAACAAAAAGUCCGAGGUUUCGUCCGAACAGAGCGUGUUCCACCAAUUCAGAAGACUCGUCCCGCUUGCGAUCAGAUCCAGCGAUUUGAAGCCACGACAGGACGAGGCAGUUAGAAGCUACGAGCUACUGCAGAGCUUCCGUAGCAGGAAAAGGCCGGGUAUAUACCGCGUCCAUCCGAUGCCAGAAAGAAUGGCGAGCGAGAAGAGCUCGUUCGACGAGGUCGCGCAUUGCCCUUACCACGUGUUCGUGCCGCGAAGACGGGCACCGAAGUUUGAGGGUGCGUUCGCCAUUUGUCGCGUGAGGAAGUUGUCUGAAAAAAAGCAACAUGUAAACGUAACCAGCACCAGCUUCCUCACUAAAGAUGAGUCCACUGUGCCCGAACUAGUCCAGGAACUGACCGUUAAACUAUUCGUUCUUGAGGAUUCGCUGAUGGGAUCUCCUGUUUGGGACGCGGACUACUUCAACUCUGACCUGCUUCACAACAGUUUAUACGUAUCGAAUAGUGUGAGGUUCACUUUAGGCUUAAAAGUGGGAGCCAAAGUGAGUUUAUGCCAGGUGGUACCUCUUCAGCUCCCGGAGGAUCCAUCCUCCUUAGAAUUGUUUUCCUGGAAGGACUCGGUGUCAGUCGAGAAGUUUGAUAAUUACGUGAAGACUCAUUCGACCCGGCAAAAAUUGCUGCUCAAUUCUUGCGCCGUGGUUGUCCUCGACACCGGUGAACGAUGCAUCGUGAAAAUUUCGCCGGAGAAUUGCGCUUUCGCCCUGAUCGACGAGACUGUUAUUAAAAAGCUGCGGAUACAUCCGAGAUCGAUGGCUGAGAGAAGCCACCUGCGAAUUUCGGAAACGCUGGAUAGAGAGGAUUGUCCACUAAGCCAGGCUUCUACCAGGCAUUUGAAACACGUUCUGACGGAAUGUCAGCUAGCGCUCGAUUUUAGUCUCGGUCUGCGUGCGCAAUUAGAUUUCGAUUACGACCGGGAGAACAUUUUGAUUUCCGGUGAUGUCGGUUCGGGCAAGACGACCGUUUGCAAAAUGCUAUGCGAAUAUUUGGAGAACCCGCCGUAUUUUGUACACACACAGAUGAUCGAUUGUAGAUCCUUGAAAGGGAAAAAGGUUGAAAUGCUCCAAAAGAUUAUAACAACUAUUUUGGGCGAGUGUGCCUACUAUCAGCCAUCCGUGUUAUUCUUCGACGAUCUAGAAUCCAUCACGAACGCAUCCGCAAACGAUGAAGAAAACACUCCGGACGCCAUUAACGCUGCCAGGAUCUCGGAUAUGUUGAUUAACACGGUGUCGCAGUACCAGGAGUCGUAUCACGUGUCAAUCGUCGCGACGUGCGCCGGGGUCAACAGGAUCGGUCAGAGGUUAAGACCAGCAAAAGGAUCUCAUUUCUUCAGGACAGUUCUGUCGAUACCGAAUCUUGAAAAGGUGGAUAGAAUCGAUAUUUUGCAAUUAAUACUCGGCGACAAGUCGUACGCGCCCGGAGACGUGAAUUGGGAUUACUAUGGAAACAAGACCGAGGGAUGGAUGGCCCAGGAUCUGGUUGAUCUUGCGGAGAAAGCGGUGUUCGCUGCUUGGAAACGUCACGGAGCGACGAAGCCGCCCGUCGUUAUCACGGAAGAGGACGUGUCGAUUGCCCUGAAGAAUUGUACGCCGAUGUCUUUGCAAGGCAUACAAUUGUACAAAGGCGAGGGCCACGUUUGGUCGGAUAUCGGCGGGCUGGCGGAAGUGAAGAGGUCCCUCGUAGAGAUUCUACAGUGGCCGUUGAAGUACCCAGAGAUAUUUAAGAACGCCCCGAUCAAGCUACAAAAUGGCGUGCUGUUGUACGGGAUGCCCGGCACCGGGAAAACGAUGCUCGCCAAAGCGAUCGCCAAUGAGUGCGGCGUGAAUCUAAUCAGCGUCAAGGGGCCAGAGUUGUUGUCUAAAUACAUCGGCGUGAGCGAGGAGUCCGUCAGAAACGUCUUCGAAAGAGCUCUCCGAGCGAAACCGUGUGUUCUAUUCUUCGACGAGUUCGACAGUCUCGCCCCUAGACGAGGCCACGACAGCACCGGCGUCACGGACAGAGUCGUCAAUCAAUUGUUAACGCAAAUGGAUGGAGUGGAGGACAGAGAAGGUGUGGCUGUCGUGGCAGCGUCGUCGAGGCCAGACUUAUUAGAUCCAGCUUUAUUGAGGCCUGGCCGUCUCGACAAGUCUUUGUAUUGUCCUUUACCAGACGAGGUCGACAGAGGGGAGAUCUUAGCCGCAUUGUGCAAAAAGCAGAAGGUAAACACAACCGAGCUGGAUUUGAAGGAACUGUCGGCGAUGACUUCCGGCUUCACGGGUGCGGAUCUAAACGCGGUGGUCACUCAAGCCAGAUUAUCAGCUUUCGAGGAUGUCGCUGCAUCUUUCGCUGAUGCUCCUGAUGGAAAAAUCGAGGCUGAGGACAUCAAGGUUUCUCAGAGGCAUCUCGUCGACUCGGUUGCGUCUACUCACCCCUCGUUGUCCAACGCUGAGAAAGAAAAAUACAAAAGAAUUUACGCCAGGUUCGCGAAGAAUGACAAUUUCAUGGAGGACAUGGUGAAGAAUCAGAAGGCUACUUUAGCGUGAACUCAAUUAUUAAUUGAUAAGACAUUUGGGAAAAGUUUCUCGACGAUCCUUGAUACUCGACAGUUUUGUAAUCGCCAUAGAUAGAUAUAUUUUUUUAGUGAACGUGUAAUUAAGAAUUGUCAUU